UUGGACCCUGCGGCGUGCUUCAAUGCCUUGGUGCAAUGCCAUGUGCGCUACAGCACUACCAAUGCUACACCAGUAGAGGUGCCCCUGGAAACGGAGAUUUACAGUACAGAAACAAAGACCAUUGACGAUCUUCGUGGGAUUUCUAUCGCGAAAAGGUUUUCUAUCGAGGCUGUUAGGGCUCUGUCCUCAGAUGAAUUCGACAAACUACUCAUAUUUUUACAAAACCCUCAAGCUAGCAUGACAUACAGCCAAGAACAGAUGCAAGCCAAGCUUAUGCAGAGGCUCGAGGAAUUCUACUCAAUGGACCAGCAACUAUCCCACCAAAGUUGUGAUGGACUUUCUAUUCCAGGGGGGCCUGUAAGUGCUGAUUUAGGAAUCGCUUUGCAUUUGGCAACCGGCCGUGAUCUAUCGAGGAAAUUCUGGGACAAGAGAAGCGCGUCUAUCAGUUUACUUCAGGAGAAAGGCAUAAGUGAACAAUUUGCUUUUGGGUAUGACUGGCACUGGAGGUCAGAAAAAACAUACCUUGACAGAAGCGAUUGUCCUCUGAAGAAAUGGCCUAAGCAACUCAGGGCACUUCACGACCAGAUGUCAACUGAUAUCCUUGAGAUGUUAUCUCUUCCAUUCUUGAUAACAGGUUCGGCAUGCACGAGGUCAAAUCUGAAAAAGAGCCUCGGUCACGCAAGUAAAUGCCUGGAAGACCCAAUUUCAACUACAGCCACACUAGAUUUUGACCUCGAUUUUCGCAAUGAUUGUUUAUGCCGUAUGAUCGUUCAUAUCUGUCACCCUUCGGCAGGAUUCACUGCCAACUCGGAAAUGAGAGCAACCAUGGCUUCCCAGAUUGAUGCAGGGCUAAAUUUUUUCCUUUGGCUGACAGGAAGGAGCUAUAAUGCGACUUCCUUCCGUCGAACGUAUUCUCAGGCCGGCCCUUGCAGAAAAAGGUCUGCGCCUCUUGCGGAGAUGUACUCCUAUAUCAGAAAGGAGCGAGAAGAACGACGAUUUUUGAAAUUGACAGAGUAUAGCCCCUCAUUUCUUAGCUGGGCUGGAAGGUAUCUCUUUCAGGACCCGGCUACUAUUACUUCAGAUGGGAAUUCUGUCGCCGUUGCAGCACUUUCGAAAAUUCGUAUGCGAAUGAGUAUAUCUCGCCGAAAACAUGUUUUGCGAGUAGAGUCAGAAAAGAUUUCAGAACGGGAACAGGAGAACGGCAACUGUAAAGAAGAUAUUCGCUCCAUAUAUGGGCAGUAUCUGUUUCAUGGCAAGGCUGUUGUCGUUCUUCGGAGUGGCUAUGUCAAACUUACUGCACCUGAACAUGGGUUUUCACUGCUCUUCCGCAUGUCAGCUACCGAGGCGAAGAGAAUCUUGGCUCUACAGAAGGAAAUCAGGAUUUAUUUCCUUCCCUGCGAAGUUACCCUGUGUGUUGAUGAUAUCACUGUAUAUCGAAAACCCAUAGAACGAUUGCUGUCUUCCGUGCGCGGUGAAGAAUGGCUUCUCCAAAUUGUCGGUGAAUUAACAGCCGUUCGAGAAGGAUUGACUGAAGAAAGAAGAUUCAGGUAUGGCACUCCAGAGAUCAAUCUUGCUGUUAUUCCUCACGACAGUCGCCUUGGUAACAGGUGGAAGAAUGGUGAACUACAGAGAAAGCUAUCCCUAGGUAGUCUCUUUUCGUGCACGAAAAUAAGUAACGCGGCAAAGGUAGGAAGGGUCUACUUUAGAGGAGUACAACUGUAUAUACCUCGAGAGGCCGACUUUGAGACUGUCUUUGUCAAAUGCGAUCUAGUUGCUCAAGGAUUCCGACAUCCCAACGCAUGCUUAUCCAAAUCUGAGCCAGAUGACCCGGCAAAUCGUAUUGGCAUCAAGGUACGUUACCAGAUCAAGGAGUCAAGUGAGCAAGAAGAGUUUUGGGUGGCCAUGAGUGGGGGUUGUAACAUCAGGAUAUUGAACUCGUUGGUCGAUUUCCUCGAUGGCAAGAGUGAGGAUUGGACUGAGGGACAACCUCGUAGGUUUCUUCCUAGGAAUAUCUCCAAGGGAAGAGGGAAGAUAUCCUACACAAGUUAG